AUACAUCGCAAAACAGUUUUGAGGUAUUUCUUAAAGUUCGAUGUUGACAUUCUUCUUACAUGUCUGGCUUUGUAGCAGCAUCAUGAAUAUGCGUCUGUUGGUUAUAAACGCAAGCGGACAUGGAGUAUCUCGAUGACCUCCCAAUCAUCUACUGCAUCACAAUUUCGCCAAAAGCUCUACGAAGCAUCCCCAGCUGAGGUCGUUCAAGGCGACCUCCAAGCUCAUGGUUCAUUUACCACUACCGUACCAGCGGUUUUCUGGCUCCGCUCGCGUUUCUCUAUCCUUUCCAAGCCGCGCGGGAAGCAGUUGGACACGGGGUGGGCGAACGAGUACAACUUUGAACUCCCUGAUCUCUCUCGAUCGCGGUCUCGUUCACCUGUUCGCCCAUCUAUAAGUCGCACAUCCUCUAUGAACUCAACCUUGGGUGGACAACUCAUACCUACUUUAUCCUCACACGACUCUCCGCCUGCAUCACCUCUUGCGGACAAUAACUCUACCCUCUGUCCCAUUCUUGAAGCUAUCGAGAAUGCCUCGAAGCUGUCGUGCCGCACUGUAUGCGUCACAUGUUUGAAAACAGGUAGGGACUUCCCGCAUUGUCCCCGGUGUGGUGAUACGUGGUGCUCCAGGGAAUGUAGGAUGCAAGGAGGGAAGAGACACGUCUGCAGAACGUGA